AUGAAAUUCCAUUUUCAAGUGAUAAAAUAUUCUUAAUAAAUUAUGUUAUUAAAUGAAUUAGAAAGAUAUUUUUAUAAAUGCAUCAAAGCAAGAUAGAUCAUUUAAAACUAAAACAUUGUUAUGCCAUUCAAAAAAAAAAAAAAUCAAAUUACAAUUUUGAGAGCAGGUCAGUAAAAUUACAAAUUUUAUUGCAAUUUGUAGUUUUGUAUAAUUUAUGAACAAUUUACAUUAGAAUAAACAUAAAUAUAAGAUUGA